UGGGAGGCUCGGAUGCGAAAUUCCCUGUCGUUCAUGGAGCUGGGAUAAAGCCCCAUCCGAGAUGGAGGAGCGCGCCGCUGCCAGCUUGUCCCGGCUACUGCGCCAGUGGGAGGCGGCAAACAAGCUUUCCGCCGAAGCACUGCGCCUGGUUCUGGACGGCGCGACGCGCUUGGACUACCUGUCGGAGGAGCAUGUCGGCUUGCUGGGCAUUGCUGGGAUGAGCCCUGCUGUUGACCUCGCGCGGUCGUCCCUGGCAAGGAGCAGGUCCUUGUCGCAGCAGAGGCUCGACCAGCUGCAGGUUGACAUGGAGCAGCUGUCGGAGGAGAUCAACAGCGCUUGCAGUGUGCUGCAAGUAGCUGAUGCGCGGGCCUGGCAGGCGCAGGCUUGCGAGGUGUCGCAGCUCCUGCGCUCAGAGCACCGCCUGCGCCAGUCUUUGCUGGCUUGCCUCCCGGAGCUGCAGUCAGAGGAUCGCCAGCGGCUCUGGCUGGUCUGGACCGAGCGGCCCUUCGCCUCGGAGGCGGCUCUACAGAAGCUGAGCGACUCGCUGAGCAAAGCGGCGAUGAACAAAUGGCUGGCGCUGACCGCAGCUUUGGGACACGGGCUCAACAUGCUCUUUACUCCUCCUGCGGGGCGGCUGCUGGGCGUGUGCACCUGGCGCGACGGCCUUGAGCUCCUGUCCCGCCUAGAUCAAGGCCGGGUUUGGCUGGACGCUGCCUGCUUCUCCAUCUGCGCCAAGUCCGCCUCGCGCAGUUCCGCCUGGCGCGCAGCAGUGGGGCUGCUGGCGGAGGUGGACGCCCGAGGCCUUGCGGAUGCCGCAGCCUUUGGGGUGACCAUCAGCGCCGUCCGAUGGCAACAGGCCCUGCAGCUGCUGGCAGCGGCCGAGAGGCGGCGGCUGCAUAGCCAGCCCUGCUGCGGCGCGGCGCUGCAGGCCUGCGCCUCCAAGGCGGUUUGGCGCCAGUCCUUGGCGAUCCUGUCCGCCAUGAAAGCCGCGUGCAUGGUGCCCAACCUGGCCACCUACAGCAUCGCCAUGACCAGCAUGGAGCGGGGUGCCCAGUGGCAGCGAGCGCUGCAGCUGCUAGCGGACAGCAACAUCCCGGACCAGGUGCUGCUGUGUGGUGCCAUCAGCGCGCUGGAGGGAGCAGGCGGGCGCUGGGAGCAGGUGCUGUGCUUGCUGGCGGAUGCUCGGCGCUGGCAGAUCCCGGUGAACCUGGUGAUGCGCAGUGCAGCCGUCAGCGCCUUUGAGAAGGCAUGCGAGUGGCAGCGUGCGCUGCUGCUCUUUUCUGGGCCGGCGGAUGCCAUCCUGUGCAACGCCGGGGUCUCGGCCUGUGAGAAGGGCCUCGCCUGGGAGCUGGCGCUGCGCCUCGCCGAGGGCGGAGCUCUGGCCGGCUGCAACGCCGCCCUGGCCGCCGCGGCGCGGGGCUCCGCAUGGAAGCAGUGCUGCGCGCUGCUGGCGGCCAUGUCGCGCCGCCGGCUUCGCCCCGACGCGGUGACCCGCGCCGCGCUCCUCGGUGCGGCGCAGAGCACGGCGCCGCGCGCGUGGGCGAAGGAGGCUCACACCGUGGAUGUGGAUGUGCUGCGCGUGUGCUCGCGUCCCGUCGACGCCUGGAAG